AUGAGUAAAAGUAAAACAUCAAUAGUUCCACAAGAUAGAGUCAUUAGAUUGUUAAUUAUAGGUGAAAAUGGUGUUGGUAAAAGCUCUUUGAUCCAAAGAUAUUAUGAUAGUAUUUUUAAUCUUAAUGAUCCACCUAACUUUUACGAAUAUUUAGGAGCUCAAGGUAUUAUUAUUGCAUAUGAUUUAUCAAAUAAAGAUUCUUUCGAAAUGGUUCAUUCAAAGUGGUCAUUUGAAUCAAGAAAAUAUAUCCCAUCUAACGCACCAAUUAUAAUUGUCGGAUGUAAAUCAGAUUUAGCAAGACAGGUACCCCAAGAUAGAGUAAUUAACUUUUGUAAAAAUAAUAAUUUUUUUGGAAUUGAAUGUUCAGCAUUAACAAAUGAAAAUAUAGAUCUAGUAUUUUUGAAGCUUAUCGAGUCAAUAGUAGAGUCUAAAGCAUAUACAUUAAGUGCAUCAUCCUAUUCAAUUUCAUCUUCAUCCUCAUCCUCUUCUUCUUCAUUAAUGGCAACCUCUUCAUCAUCAAAUAGUAUGAUUAAUAACUCCUUAAACAAUACUUCAAACAACACAUCACAACCAAAUAGUUUAAAUGGUAAUGGUAAUAAUUCAAGUAUUACUACCAACUCCAAUAGUUUAACAAAUACUGUAAAUAAUAGUAAUAACAAUAAUAGCGGUAAUUCAAAUAAUUUGAUAAAUAACAAUAAUAAUAGUAAUAUUAACAACACAAAUAAUAAUAACAAUAAUAAUAAUAAUAACAAUACAAAAGAAAAAAGGCAAUUCUUUUUUAAUAAUAAAUUUUCAUUAAAGAAAUCAAAUAAAAAUGCAAAUACCAGUUUAAAUAGUUCAAAUAGUAAUGGAAAUUUAAAUUCACCAUCAUUACAAUCAACCAAUUCAAACAAUAACCCACACUUUUUCUAUAUUGGAUCUAGUAGAGAUAAUUUAAACAAUAAUGGUGGUAAUGGUACUGGUGGUUUAGGUCUAGGUUUUUUAAAUCAUUUAAGAGAUUCUCGAGAUGAUAAUUUGUUAACAAGUAGUGUCAAUAGCGUAUCCUCCACAAGUAGUGGUAACAAUUUAUUAACCUCUAGUAGCUCAAGUGUAAAUAAUUCAUAUAAUGAUAAUUUUAGUUUAAAUAAUACAGUCGGUAUAUCAAAUCAGAAUAACCAAAAUAAUAAUGGAAACAAUGGUAUUAAUAGUAGUAAUGGUUUAGAUAAAAAUAAUAGUAAUAAUAAUAUUAAUAAUAAUAAUAAUAGUAAUAAUGGUAAUAAUAAUAAUAAUGUAGAUAAAAAUAAAAAAAAGAAUAAGAAAGAUAAAGAAAAAGAUAAGGAGACAAAAGAAAAGGAUAAAGGUUUAAGAAAUAGUAUAUUACCCUCAAUAUCCUCAUCGACCAAUAAUGGCAUAUCGAAUAGUAGCAUUAUAGGUUUAAAUAGUAGUACCAUGAAUAUUAAUGGUAAUAUUAGAAAUAGUAGUAAUAGUAAUGACUUUUUAUUAUAUCAACCAACCCAACCGCCACCAAAAGAAGGCAGUGAUGUUACUCCUGCUUCCACAAGUGAUAAUUUUAAACAAAGACGAUUAAAAAUUUUAAGUGAACCAUUUCCAACCCAACCAACCCAAAAAGACCCAAAUGGUAGAAUUAACUAUUAUACUGCAAUCUCAAAUAGUUUGCAAACUAGUAACUCAAGUGUACCAUCUCCAGUAUUAUCAAGUAGUAAUGAAAAUAAUAAUAAUGUAAAUAAUCAACAAAAUUUAGCAACAAAUCAUAUAAAUUUAAACCAACAAGUUUUGACUCAUCAAGUGCAUAUCCCAACACAACUACAACAGCAAGAUAGUAAUCAACCAAAUUCAAAUAAUUUUAAUAAUCUAAAUAGUUUAUUGACCAAUUUAUUAUCAGUUAGUGGUGGAUCACCCUCAAACUCACCAUCUUUACCCUCCACACAACCCAACACUAAUAAAACCAAUAAUAUAAUACCAACACCAUUAUCAAAUGAAACCGAUUUUAGUAAUACUUAUAAUGAAGCUUAUGGUCUUCAAAAAGAAGGAGAUGAAACUAGUGGUAAUUGGCAUAGAACAACUUUAGAGAAUUUACCAAUUAUUGUGAGGACUAACGUUGUUAAAAGUUCAAGGGAUAGGGAAACCCCACCGCCUCAAAAUUCAAGUACAUUCUUUUCAAGUCUAACCAUUUUACCAACUUUAGAUAAUAAUCAACAACAGCAACAACAACAAAAUAACAAUACAUUUUCAAAAGCAUUUCCAAGUACUAGAGACCCUAUUAAUCGUGGAAAUAGUGUACAUUUAGGUUCAACAAUAAGUGCUCCACCUCCAAUUACACAUAGCAAUAGUUUAAAUAAUAUUGGUAUAAGUAAUCAUGGUUUAGUUCCAACACAGUUACAACAAUUACAAGAACAACAAGAACAAAAUGAAUAUGAUAUUCAUACAUUUAUUGAUCAAGCCCCACCAUUAUCAAGAACAAAUACAUCAACCUCAAAUUUGGGUAAUAAUGUAACAAAAACAAAUGAUACCUUUAAAACCAAUGAUCCCACAGUCCAAACAACUACAAAUAAUAAUGCUGAACCAAUUAUAUUUUCAAAUGUUCCAAAAGCUGGGGUUUCAUUAUCAUCAAAUUCAAAUGCAAUAUUUUCAGCAGCAGACAAUGGUUCAUAUUUACAAACUCCAUAUGAUACUGAAUCAAUUAUAUCAGGUUAUGAUAGAGAUGAACUUAAUGACUUUGACUCUGAAGAAGAACAAAAACAAAUUCAAAGAUCUCAAUCAGCUUUUUCAAUUCAUCCACGUACUAUUAAUAGGGGUGAAAGUACAUUUUUAGGUAAUAAUAAUAACAACAAUAAUGGUCAUUUCAAUGAAAGAAAUAUCAAUACAAAUAAUAAAAAUGAUAAUAGUAAUAAUACAAACAAUAAUAAUAGCAAUAAUAAUAGUUUUGAUCCAUAUGAAAUUCAAAAUAAACAAAAAUCACCUCAACAAAAAAACAAUUCACCAACAAACCAAAGAAAAAAAUCUGAAGAAUUAGAUGAUCAAUCAGAUUUAAAUGAAAGAUUUCAAAGAGUAGUUUUAAGAUUUAGAGAAUUUCCAUCUCUUGAUACAAAUUUAUAUAGAUUACAAGAGAUUUGUACAGAUUUACUUCAUAUCUCUCAAGAUUUUAUUCAUACAGUUAAAACCUAUGGUAGAAUUAUUAUUGAAGAACGUUAUUUAAAAGAAAAGACAAUUCAAAGCCGUUCAAUGGGUGGUCAUUUAGGUGGUGAUAAAUAUAUUGUAAGAAAUGUAUUGUUCAAAUUCUCUGGUUCCUCAAAUGUAUAUGACGAGUGGGGUGGUGCCAAAGUCGGAGGUCAAGAACUAAAAGGCUGUAUGGCAACUUUAAAUUGUCCAAUUUCAGGUCUAUGUGUACCAUUAAUGGCUCUUGUAGAUUUCAUGGGCUUUCGUUUAAUUGCCAUGAGUUAUCUACCAAUUGCAUCAAUUGGUGAUAAACCAACAAUUGUUUAUGGUUCAAGCGACAUGGGCAAAACAGUUCAUGCAAAUGAAAAGGUAAUACCAAUAAUGAAAUCCCUAUCAAAUAUGUUAAAUUUGAAACCCCAUUUAGGAGGUACAUCAGUUCCACCAACACUUUUAUAUUCAGCAACCGAUAUUGAAGGUCACAUUGGUACAGAUCGUCGUUUCUAUCUCAUCGAUUUUAGUAGAACUUUCCCACCAACAUAUCCAGAUGAAAAUGUUUCGGGUGGUCAUCUUUUCCAAUUAUUUAGACCAGAAUUUUUAAAGAGUCAUCCAAAAAAACUUUGUUCCGAUGCUUUCAGUGGCUUUAUCAAAAAUGACCCAGAUCGUCUGCAUCAUAAUCAAGAGGUUAAAGAGGCAUCCAAUCGUUUAUUAACCGAGUUAAUCCCACGUCUUUCAACUCGUCUAAAAUGGAUGAUUAAAGAGUCAUUAAAUACUGGAACAUUAUUAAGUGGCGAUGUUCAUAUUCCAGAACAGUUCCACAGACAAGGUAUCAAUAUGCGUUGGAUUGGUCAUAUGUUGGUCUUAAUGGACGAUAGAGAUUCAUGUUUUGUACUUUUAAUAGAAGCCAUUGCUCGUGUUCUAAAGAAUGACCUUCGUCGUAGAUUAAGAAGCGAAAUGAAGAAAUAUAACCAACCAUUAAGUGCUCCAUACAUUGAUUUAACAACCAAAUUUUUAAAUAUGGUCUUUGGUGUUUCUGUACUACCGGAAUAUGAUACCAAUGAAUUUUGGAAUGUAACCGUCAAGAAUGAAUUGGCUUCUAAAUUUUAUAUUGAUAAAAUACCUUCAGUUUUAACUCAUCAUCAAUAUUUCAAAAAUAAAGGCAAAUCUUCGACUACUACCACUACAACAACUGAAAAUGAUCAAUCUGUCGAAAAUAAUAAUAAUAAUACAGAUGAAAACACAAGUACAUUAAAUACAAGCGAUAAUAAUAUUCAAACAAAUAAUACUUUAAAUAAUAAUAACAAUAAUAAUAAUAUAAACAUGAACAAUAAUAAUAACAACAAUAAUAAUGAUAAAAAUGGUAAUAUUAGAAAAUCAACACCAUACCCAUUAGCACCAUCAUCUCCAACCAUUGGCAAACAUAACGAACCAUUACCACCAAGCAAUUGGAAACUUCAAGAUAUUUUACAUGAAAAAUUAGAUGACCAUCAUGGAGUUGUUCCAGUUAUAGGACGUCAUUUACUUUUCAUUAGAUUUAGAGAUAUGACACAUUUAAAAUUUAGAAAGAAGACAAUCGAAAAAGUAGCAGAUACCACAGGCAAUCUUUGGAAUCCAUAUCAACCAUUCGAUACAAGUGAUUUAAAGAAAAUUGGUGUACGUGUUAAACAUACCGACUUGGUAACAAAUGCUGAAGGCACAUUCUUCUACGCUAAGGCUAUGACUGAACGUUCAAUUGGUACAGCCAUUCAUUUAUUACACAAAGCUCGUAAAUUUUUCGAGCUAGCCCUCAUAUCAAAUCCAAAUAAUAAAGAAACCCUUCAAUUAUGUGCUCAAGCAUGGUGUAAAAUUUUAGAAUUUAGUGCUAGUCAAGGUAAAAAUAUGUCGAAUGUUAGAUUUUCAAUGUCUGAUAGAGUUGUAAUCAAUACUGAUCGUUAUUUCCUUCGUGCCAUUGAUGCUGAUACCAAAGGACCUUUGAUUCUAUUCUUCUAUGCAAACUUUUUAGUACGUUGCGAGCGUUAUGAAAAAGCUGAAGAUUAUUUCUUACGAUCCCUAGAAGCGGAUUCAAAUAAUUACCGUUGCCUAACUGCUUAUGCAAACUUUUUAAUAGAAAGAGGUUUCCCAAAUGAAUCUUCUUUGUUCUUGGAACGUGCAAAACAAUGUAAAGCUAUUUUGGUUGGUGGUUUAAAAUAG